GCCUCGCUUGCUGUAAUGGCUCAAUUUCUUUGUGGGUGUAAAAAUAAUUUCUUAUCGUGUCGACAGCUGCUCUACACUUGUGUAUUUUCAGCGCGAGGAAGUAUCAGCAGCAGUGAUCACAGAACAAAGAACAUAUUUAUGACUGCUCAGCUCCCUGCUGUGUGUGUUAGCUGUUGGGUGAAGAAGAGGAGUUUGUCUCAAAGCUGAAGGCUGAACACUGACCAGACAUGGAAGCUGUAGCUGGACUGUUGGUGAUGCUACUUGCAGUCUCCCAUGGUGUGGAAACCAAAUGUGAUUUCAGAAAGAAGAAUGGAGCUCAGUGUUACGGAGCUUUGGGAGGAACUGUGGAUCUGCAGCUGAUGGAUCGUGCACCAGAAAGAUUGACCAUUUAUAAGAACACCACAACGAUAUUGGUCUGGACAAAAAAUACAAUUUCUAAAUACAAUAUAAAGGCAGACAAAUACUCCUUUACUCCUAGUGAUGGAAUGCUUAGGAUCUCUAACCUGAAUAGAUCUGACACAGAUGAAUAUAGACUUCAAAUACGUAAUUCAGAUGGAGCUCUUUUAGAUAAUUGGACUCUACGAUUGUCUAUUCAAGCUCCUGUGUCGUCUGUCCGACUGGUCACUGAGUGUAUGUCCCAGGGAGAGAUGAGGGUGUCCUGCUCCGUUGAGGGAGGGGACAGUCCUCAGUACAGCUGGACUCUGGAUGGACACACACUGACAGAAGACAAGCUGCUCUCUGGAAAUCACGAGACUGACAGCAUCACUCUGAGACAGAACGUCGAGGGAGUUCUGGUCUGCUCAGUCAAAAACCACGUCAGUCAUUUCAACGUGAGAAUAUCUACCUGUGGCUUCAUCUUCAUCAACUGCACUGUAUCUAAGAUACGCAUAACAGGGUGGGUGUUUGCAGCCACUAACACACUGUGCGUUGAGCCGACAACAACCCCUACGACCACAGACACUACUGUGGAUCCCUCCCUCAUAUGUGGACUGCAAACAGCUGUGGCAGCUCUGUUGUUCAUUGGGAUCGCCGCCUAUUUUGCUUGGAGGAAAAAUAAAUCCCAGAGAGCUGAGGGCUCUGCCGUGCCACAAGAGAGGGAGGAUCCAGAGACCUCAGUUUAGAUGGUUGAAAAGAGAAGUUCUGCACUUGAACCCAAAACUUCCUCAAAAUGACAUUUUGCAUCGCCUCGCUUGCUGUAAUCUCUCAAGUUUCUUUGUGGGUGUUACAAUAAUUUCUUAUCGUGUCGACAGCUGCUCAAUACUUGUGCAUUUUCAGAGCGAGAAAGAAUCAGCAGCAGUGAUCACAGAACAAAAAACAUAUUUCUGGUAAAUGUGCAAAGGCAUUUUUUAUGUUUUCAGGGUUUUAAGGUCUGAAUAUCUGUUCAUCCUGAAGCGGAAAAUGUUUCCCCGUGCAAAGGGCUUCAUAUACGCUGUGCAACUGAGCGUGAUGCCAUUUGAAAGUGACUGUUUUCCAUGUCAUUUUAUUCAUAUUACUGCAUUAAUUAAAAACAUUGCAUAUCAAGAUUCAGCAGUUUGACUUGAUUUAGAUGUUCUCACCUAAUUGUCUUGCUUUUAGUGUUGUUAAUACGAUUCUUUAAUUUCUUCAUGUAAAUCAACCAUUUUACAGAACACUGGAUUAUCUGAAAAAUUACUCCAAAGAUUCACCAAAACGUUUAGUGUUAAACUGAAAAAAUAUUGAUGACAGAUAACUAUCAUGAAUAUCAUAAUAACAAACAUCUCUUUGGCUCGGCAGCCUGCACAGGUCAAGCACUGAAAAUAAUACUUUUCUCAAAAUUAUUGAGAAUGGAUUGAUUAGCUUGUGUUAAACUGCUGUAACCAAUUUUAAGUACAAAGAACCUCGAUGCAGAACACCGGUCCUCCCCAAAUCUCACUUUGAUGGAAGAAUAUAUAUUUUUUGUCACCACUUAGCUGGUCACUUUCAUUGAGGUUUAAUUUCUUUUCAACAAAUACUUCUUACAAUUGACAAAACUAUAAUUAUCCGACAAAAUGUUUUGUUUUGUCGAAGAAAUACACAACAUGAACCUAUUAGUUGGUUUAACUGUGGAAAAAAUGGCAAUUUUAGCAAAAGUUAAGUAAAAACUUAACAAAAUAAAAGCAUCACCUCACCUGUUAACAAAGUAUGAAGUUAUAUAAAGCUUUUUUAUCGAUGUACCAAGAGGUGAUUAUUAUCAUUGCAUCAAAUCGUCAACAUCACAUUCUAUCAACGGAUAUUCAUCAUAUAGUUACUCAGAUGUUUAAAUUGUGUUUAAGUGGAUCAUAAAACUUGAUUACCAGACAAAACUUUUCAAGAAUGUCCAUCUGUUCUUGUUAUUUACACAACAUAAUGUUUCAUUACAAAAAUUCAAUACACAAAUGAUACAUUUAACAUUUUUUGUGGAAUUAAAAAAAAAAAAACUAUUCUCAUACUUUAUAGUUUAAACUAGUACUCAAAAAUCUGAUCUAUGCCUAAGAAUUAUGCAUAUACUCAUCAUGCAGUGUAACGACCUCCUGCUGGUGGGCUACACUGUGACCUUUGCAUUUGCUAUUUUGUUGAAACAUGGAUGUUUAAGAAAUGUUCUUAAAUCAUUAUAUAUAAAGUGUAAACAGUGUAGGCCGAAUACAUAAACUUAUGACUGAACGUUGGAUACUUGGACUUUUAUGAUUUAGUUUCAGUGCUUCUACUGAAAAUUAUAUAGAUAAAUUACUUGAAAGAGACUAAAGUAAAGCACUUUGUUUCUGACCCGCUGGUAUCAUCCAUAUUGAAGAUGACAAAUCAUGAAGUGUUGUGGCAACAUACGCAGGCUGUGUUCGGAUUUCACUCACAUUAUGUAAUAGUAAAGUUUAGUUUACUCUAAAUUCA